UACAAAACUGGACCUUUGCCUUUUAUAAAUUUCGAUUAAGUUUUGCUUAUUAUCUUUGAAAUUUUACAUCAAUUUCUUUUUAAGUUGCCAGGCAUAUUGACCGGAAACAUUAUAUUUCGUUACUUCAAGUAGGCUGGGAGGAGUUUCGUUCAAAAGUUAGUUGUUUCUCCAUCUCCAUCAGUUUUGUCAGGUCAUCUGCCGGCAAAAAAAAAUCAUUUGAAUAGCGUAUUUUAUCACCAGCUAGAUUAGAUAGUGUCAAUCAGGAUUACAAAGCAAACGUUGCCACUCGGAAUCAUUAACUCUGUUAGAUCAUUCUUGUCGAGCUUUCCACGCAAAAUGGCCACGAAAAAAGGAACUGUUCCGAUGGUGAAGCUGAACAAUGGUCGCGAAAUGCCCGCUCUUGGGCUGGGAACAUGGCUGUCGAAAGAAGGCGAAGGAGUGGCCGCCCUGAAGACGGCAAUCGACGCCGGCUACCGGCACAUUGAUACGGCGUAUUUCUACCAAAACGAAACGGAGGUUGGCCAAGCAGUGCGCGAUAAGAUAGCCGAGGGUGUGGUGCAACGAGAGGACAUGUUCAUCACGACCAAACUGUGGAAUACCUUUCACGAUCCGUCGCACGUCGAGGAAGCUUUCCGGCGUUCGCUCGAAAAUCUGAACCUCGACUACAUCGAUCUCUACUUGAUGCACACUCCGAUGAGUUACCGGUUCAAGGGAUGGUUCGCUGAUGACUUGAUGCCGUACGAUGCCGACGGCAAGCUCGAGCUGACCGAAGUGGAUUUUGUUGCUACGUGGAAAGCGAUGGAAAAGCUGCUGAAGACGGGCAAAGUUCGGUCACUCGGGGUGUCGAACUUCAACAGCGAACAAAUUGCUCGCCUGCUGGCGGAAUGCGAAAUUAAACCCGUGACCAAUCAGGUCGAGUGCAACCCGGGAUUGAACCAACGGAAACUGACGGCGUUCUGUAAGGAGCGCGAUGUCACCAUCACCGCUUACAGUCCGCUCGGUCGUCCGAACUACUACGAGAAGGAUCCCGAAAAUGUUCCCAAACCGGCGCUGGAUGAUCCACGCGUGGCGGAGAUCGCCAAGAAGUAUGGAAAGACUCCGGGCCAGGUUGUUCUUCGGUAUCUUUUCGAACUUGGCACGAUCCCUAUUCCAAAAUCAGCGAAUGAGGCACGCCUUCGUCAAAAUAUCAAUAUUUUCGACUUCAAGCUGACGAAGGAGGAGAUGGCCGUGAUGGACACUUUCCAUACCGGGAAGCGAUCGGUUCCCUUUAGUCUGUGUGUGAAAAGCAAAUACUUUCCGUUCAAUAUCGAAUUCUAGUGCUUGCAUUAAUCGGGGAGUCUAACGACAACAACCAACUAAGUAAAAUUGGAAGUUGCUAAGUCGAUAAGAGUACAAGCACCACUUCAGGCAUUCUUGUUUAUUUUCUAAUCACAGCAUCUAACAAAAAAGCUUUCAAUAAAAAUCGCUGA